AAUAAAAUAUAUUAAUAAAAAAACGAACUUCUAUUUAUAGCACAAAAAGCAAUGGUCUUCUUCGUGUGACUUCACCACUUCCUCAUCUCCCACAAAAAUGGCUUUCUCACUACUUUCAGUCUUCAUCUUUCUUCAAGUCUUUACCAAUGUUGUUUUUGCUGCUUCAGAUGAGGAAUCCAAGACACUAGUUUCUUUACCAACGCCACCACCGACGUCUCCGGCAAUCAAACCGCCGUCUCCGUCGUACAAGCCACCCACGCUGCCUACUAUCCCGAUUAAACCACCCACCACUAUACCUCCGGUUAAACCACCCACCACACUACCACCGGUCAAACCUCCCACCAGUCCGGUUACACCAACGAAACCACCGGUUAAAUCGUACCCAAUUCCUCCGGUCAAACCACCCACAGCACCACUGGUCAAACCACCUACGUACAAACCCCCAACGCCAACGGUUAAACCACCCACAACACCACUGAUCAAACCACCGCCGGUUCAACCACCUACGUACAAACCCCCAACGCCACUGGUUAAGCCACCCACGACAACGCCAGUUACGACACCACCACCGGUUAAACCACCUGUCAACCCAACCCCAACACAUCCGGUUAAACCACCGGUAGCACCGGCCAAACCUCCGACACCACCUCGGAUAGAUUGCGUGUCUUUAUGUGGGACACGGUGUGGCCAACACUCGAGGAAGAACAUAUGUAUGAGAGCGUGCGUCACGUGCUGCUACCGCUGCAAGUGCGUGCCCCUGGCACGUACGGUAACAAGGAAAAGUGUGGAUCUUGUUACGCCAACAUGAAGACACGUGGCGGAAAACCCAAGUGUCCUUAAUUAAACCUUUGGUUAAUUUGGAAAGGGCACUAAAUCAUUAUAUCAAUGAUUUAGAGGGAAAAUGGUGUUUUAUAAGUUUGUAUUGCGUUUUAUUUUGGUCUUUUAUUUGGUUUAGUAGUAUUUUGAGUUGGAUGUGCGUUUAAGGAAUGUAGAAUCUAUAUAUAGAAAAUAAAAAAAUUCGAUGGAUUAAGGUUUUUCUGGA